AUGUCGCAUCCAUUCGAAAAAUUUAAGAAAACAAUUAAUGUUAACGGCAAGGAAUACUCUUUUUUUGAUUUACCCAAGUUCGGUGUCGAGUAUGAUCAACUGCCAUUUUCAAUCAGGGUUCUUUUGGAGUCUGCUGUUAGGAACUGUGAUAACUUCCAAGUUACUGAAAAUGAUGUGCAAAACAUAUUGAAAUGGAAAACUAAUCAAACAGUUGAAGGAGGUGUUGAAGUUGCUUUUAAACCAGCUAGAGUCAUUUUACAAGAUUUUACUGGUGUACCAGCUGUGGUAGAUUUUGCUGCUAUGAGAGAUGCUGUUAAGAGCUUAGGCGGUGAUCCCAACAAAAUUAACCCUGUGUGUCCUUCUGACUUAGUAAUUGAUCAUUCUAUCCAAGCGGAUUUUGUCAGAGAAGCUGAUGCACAACAGAAGAAUGAAAAUCUUGAAUUUGAAAGAAAUAAAGAAAGAUUCACUUUUUUGAAGUGGGGAGCUAAAGCUUUUAAGAACAUGUUGAUUGUACCACCAGGUUCUGGUAUUGUACAUCAAGUGAACUUAGAAUAUUUAGCCCGUGUGGUGUUUACCGACAGAGACACAUUAUACCCAGAUUCUUUAGUGGGCACAGAUUCUCACACAACAAUGAUCAAUGGUUUAGGAGUUUUAGGGUGGGGUGUUGGAGGCAUUGAAGCAGAGGCAGUUAUGUUAGGACAAGCAAUAUCAAUGUUGCUUCCUCAAGUUCUUGGUUACCAGUUAACAGGAACUCUAAAUCAAUUUGCAACAUCUACUGAUUUGGUUUUAACAAUUACCAAGCACUUAAGACAAAUUGGUGUAGUUGGAAAAUUUGUAGAAUUUUUUGGACCUGGAGUUACUCAAUUAUCUAUUGCUGAUCGAGCGACGAUAAGUAACAUGUGUCCUGAAUAUGGUGCAACAGUAGGCUUUUUUCCAGUAGACCAAAAUACACUUUCAUAUCUUCAACAAACAAAUCGAAGCAGUGAAAAAAUAGCUGCUGUUAAAGCAUAUCUAGAAGCUUCCAAAAUGCUAAGAAAUUAUGAUGAUCCAUCUCAAGAUCCAGUGUUCAGUCAAAUCACUAAUUUGGAUUUAGGAGAAGUUGUGCCAUCCAUCAGUGGGCCGAAGAGACCACAUGAUCGUGUGUCUGUAUCUGAAGCUCAAAAAGAUUUUAAAAGUUGUCUAACAAAUAAGGUUAACAAUAAUAUAUUUAGUGAUGACAUUUAUAUUGAAAUAUAA